UCUCCUCCCUUAAGCACAUUUGAGUACAUUAAUCAUCUUCAUUUGUACAUUAGCCUCAAAAGUCUUUUCCUCUUCCAUUAUCCAAGAAAACAAAAAACUAACAAAACCCCUUUUGACCAAAAAAAACAAAACAAAACAAAACAAUGUGUUCUUACAAGUUCAAGAAACAAGGAGGAGUUGUUGUUGUUGAUAUUUCUCCACAAUCACUCUCUCAUAUCAAUGGACGUCCUGUUCUUCAACCAUACAACAAUUCCCACAAAAAAAAUACAUCAAAUUUCAAGAUUUCACCUCCUCCUAUCUCUCCCAAAAUCAAGUCCCCUAGACAACAAUCUAUCAAGAAAGUGAAUGAUUCUAAUGUCUUGAAUAUAAGUAAUGAGAAAAUUGUGACACCCAAAAUCCCAAAAGUGAAAAAUUCAACACUAACAACUCCUCCUAUUUCACCUAAAAUCAAGUCACCUAGACAACCAUCUAUCAAGAAAAUGAAAAAUGAUUCUAAAAACACAAUCUUGAUAAAAAAUUCUUGUAAAAAAGACUCUUCUUUUAUGAUUCUUGAAGUUGCUGGAAGCAUAGCAGCAGCAAGAAAGGAACAAGUUGCCAAUAUGCAAGUGCAGAGGAAACAGAGAAUUGCACAUUAUGGAAGAACUAAUUCUGCUAAGUUCAAUGAUGCCAAAUUAGUCACUGCUGCUGCUGUUGAUUCAUGUUCUAAAGAAGGGAAAAGAUGCAGCUUUAUCACACCUAAUUCUGACCCUGUCUACAUUACAUACCAUGAUGAAGAAUGGGGAGUUCCUGUCCAUGAUGAUGAUCUGCUAUUUGAGUUGUUGGUAUUAACUGUGGCUCAAGUUGGAUCAGACUGGACUUCAGUGUUAAAGAAAAGGCACGAUUUCAGGGAUGCAUUUUCAGGAUUUGAUCCAGAAAUUGUUGCAAAAUACAAUGAAAAAAAGAUAAAUUCAACAAGUAUUGAAUAUGGAAUUGAGUUGAGCCAAGUCAGAGGGGUUGUUGACAACUCUAAUAGAAUUUUAGAGAUCAAGAAACAAUUUGGGUCAUUCCACAAGUACCUAUGGGGAUUUGUGAGCAACAAGCCCAUUACAACACAAUACAAGGCCUUCAACAAAAUCCCAGUAAAGACAUCAAAAUCAGAAACAAUGAGCAAAGAUAUGGUGAAAAAAGGCUUUAGAUAUGUUGGCCCAACUAUUAUACACUCUUUCAUGCAGGCAGUUGGGCUUACCAAUGACCAUAUUAUCACUUGUCCAAGACAUGCCCAAUGUGCUAUUCUAGCAACUCAAGAACCAAUUGCUAUGUGAAAAUUACACCUACUAACAUCAAGAAUUAAUAUAUUGUUGUUUAGUUUUAUGAGACAUUGACUAUAUUAACUAGUAAACAAAUAUAAGUUGUUGAGAUUGUAAUUCUUAUACCCUUUUAGUUAUUUGUUUUGGUGAUUAGUUUAGAGGUGUGUGAAGAAGUAGGUGUUUUAUUUGUACAAUAUUUGGUUGUAGUUGGAAAAAAAAAAGAUAUUGGGUGUAUGAUUUAGUUAUGUUUGGAUAUGAAUUUCAGUUGACAAAAAAUUAUGAAUGAAAAUAAUUUGUUCCUAAA